AUGCUGAGACCGGAGCUUGUCGCCAUUGCCCUUGCCUUCUGCGUCUCUGGGCGCCCGGAUUGCAGCCCAGGCACCUGUCAAACCCUUCAGCCCUACUUCAACUGUGAGUUUGACAAGUGGGGCACAGCAGGAGGCGGAAAUACAAUUGCAACAGCGAAGUGCGGCGACGCUGCUGCAGGAGACAUUGUAGUGAGAACAAGCUUUCAACUUCCAUCCUAUGUCGACAAUGGAAGCGAGUCACUUUUCUUCAACCGAAUGGAGGCUUUAACAAGCUUGACAAGCCUGAGAUAUUCAAAUGCUGAGGAAGGUUUUGUACUCCACGCCUUGCUUUUUGGAUUAGCUGGUGAUAAUCGGGACCUCAGACGGUGGAUCCGAAAGGAAGAGAUUCUGCUUGAACACCGUUGGCGCGAGCACUCAGUUUGGAAGACGCGACUUGUCUUUGAAGUUGCGUCGCCUGCAGCAGAAUGCCAAUUCUGCAUGCAUAUGUCCGUGCCACUGUAUCAACUGAGUCAAGACGGACGAGAUCAUCACCAACUCGAAAAACCUGAUGAAUUCAUCAUGCAGGUCUCAAUCAUGCAACAGGUUGUAGCAAUGGAGCUUAGCACUCUCCCACUGCAAGACCUCCUCCAAUUCUUCGUUGGCUAUGUACAAGACCUCACUGCUCUGGCAUAUGCAAAUAUUUGGCACGAUUGCCACAUCGGCAACGUGCUGAUGCAGCAGCCGGAAGGACAAGAUGUCACGUUCUACUGGCACGAUUUUGCAGGUUCUUCCUUUGGGAAUUCCAAGCCAAGAGCAGAGGUGCUGAAGGAGUUCAUCAGGAAGAUGAGCGAAACCAUCCAGUUCACCGCAGAAAGACUUCAUGCCCUCGAUCCGACGCUGUCGAUUCCGAGCCUGUCCGUGGAUAUCUUCUCCCCGGGCAUCAACGCGGAGAUCUUAAAGGGGCAUCUUCGUGAGUUCAAUGCAGAUGUGCAAAGACAUGUGCUCGGUUGGAGCGGAGAUUUAAGACUUCGCCAGGCAGUUCUUCGCUCACUGGGCAAGGUACUUUCUCCUGGACGUUAUGAGGAAUUGCAGCUGGAGCUGCUAAAAGGCAGUUCCGCUGCCAAGAGCAAAACUGUUUGGGUGCGGCAGCUCGGGAAGGACGGUGAGAAGUUCGCACAGAUUGGCAACCCGUUCAAAGUCACCGGAGGGCUGGCAGACGUGGAUGACCUUAAGAAAGCCAUUAAGACCGAAAAUCCAGCCACAGUCCAAUGCGAUGCCUUUCAAAUUUACAUUUUUAGCCAACAGGAUGGAAGUUGGAUUAGGGAAGAUGAAGAAGCGCCAGUGAAUCGUGGCACGUCCAAGUCAGACUGCUAUGGUUUCACGAUACCAGCGUGA